AUGCGAUGCGCGAGCAAGGCCGCCGAGAGCGCGUCUGCACGUCUCUGUGCGGACGCCGAAGCAGAAACUACAGCAACUGAUGUCCCAUCGGUUGCUGAAUCGACUCAGCCUGUAUCACCUGGUGAUGCAGGCGCUGGUCAUGAAGACACUCGUGUCUUCACAGAGUACGAGCUCGGUGUCUCGUACUCUCCUGAUACGGAUGACGGAUCCGUAUCGACGGCAAUUGAAUCCAAGCCGCCUGCCAAGCGUGGCAUGGACGAUGCUUUGCGUCGCAGCAUCUUUGGUUCAUCUGAUGAGUCAGAUGAACCAUCGCCGAAGCGAAGGCGCUCGAGGUCGCGAGACUCGGGCGCUAAUAGUGGUGUCGUUUCUCCAAUGGACACCACUUCACAGCGAGGUGCCAGUACUUCUGUCGGCACGUCGCAGGAAGAGCGGGACCGCAAUGUGUUGCGUCUCGCUCCAGAAAAAAGAAGGCAUGGAUGCCUCCAAAAUCUGUCAUGGAUCACUUGUCGGCGACGACGAGUGAUCGUUAUCGAACACGAUUGUUCGAUUCGUCAAGGAUCCAUCACCUUGACCCCAGCGCGAAAGACUAUCGCGCUGAACAUGAGUUCUUCAUCGAUGCUUUCUUCAGACAUCGAUGGUACAGUGGGAAUCACAAACGUGAUGGUCCCUCACUACUUCAGGCGUGGAACGCCUACAUCCAUAACCUCGAGGAUGUAG